AUGGAAGACGACAACGGAGAGCGAUCCAGCUUCGUGAUCGGACUGAUUGAGAAUCGAGCCAAGGAGGUUGGAGUGGCUGCUUUUGACUUGAGGUCGGCUUCACUUCACCUUUCAGAGUACAUUGAAACUAGCAGCUCAUAUCAGAACACAAAGACACUGCUGCAUUUCUAUGAUCCAAUGGCGAUUAUUGUCCCUCCUAAUAAGCUAGCACCUGAUGGAAUGGUUGGAGUAUCAGAAUUGGUUGAUAAAUUCUAUUCCUCAAUUCGAAAGGUCACUAUGGUUCGUGGUUGCUUUGAUGACACAAGGGGAGCUGUGCUGGUAAAAAGCUUAGCUGCCAAAGAACCUUCUGCACUUGGUUUGGAUACUUAUUACAAGCAAUAUUAUCUGUGCUUGGCCGCUGCUGCAGCAACUAUCAAGUGGAUUGAAGCAGAGAAAGGAGUCAUCAUAACGAAUCAUUCAUUAUUAGUGACUUUUAAUGGAUCAUUUGACCAUAUGAAUAUUGAUGCAACUAGUGUCCAUAACUUGGAGAUUAUAGAGCCACUGCAUGUCACUCUUUUGGGCACGAGCAACAAAAAGAGAAGUUUAUUCCAAACUCUCAAGUCGACAAGAACUACUGGAGGGACUAGACUUCUUCGUGCCAAUCUCUUACAACCUCUGAAAGAUAUUGAAACUAUCAAAGCUCGACUUGAUUGUCUGGAUGAAUUAAUGAGCAAUGAGCAACUGUUUUUUGGGCUGUCCCAGGCUCUUCGAAAGUUUCCAAAAGAAACUGACAGGGUCCUCUGUCACUUCUGCUUCAAGCCAAAGAAAGUUACAAACGAAGUCUUGGGCAUUGAUAAUGCUAGAAAGAGCCAAGUUCUAAUAUCAAGCAUUAUUGUUCUCAAAACAGCUCUGGAUGCCUUGCCAUUUCUCUCAAAGGUAUUGAAAGAUGCAAACAGCUUUCUUCUUGGAAAUAUAUACAAAUCUGUAUGUGAAAAUGAAAAAUACGCUUCUAUAAGAAAAAGAAUUGGGGAGGUGAUUGAUGAGGAUGUACUUCAUGCACGUGUUCCUUUUGUUGCCCGGACACAGCAGUGUUUUGCUGUCAAGGCCGGAAUAGAUGGAUUUCUGGAUAUUGCACGAAGAUCAUUCUGUGACACCAGUGAAGCUAUACACAACCUUGCAAACAAGUAUCGUGAAGAUUUUAAGCUUCCAAAUUUGAAAAUCCCGUUUAACAAUAGGCAUGGAUUUUACUUCAAUAUUCCCCAGAAGGACAUACAGGGAAAACUUCCUAACAAGUUCAUUCAGGUUAUGAAGCAUGGGAACAGCAUACAUUGCUCAACUCUGGAUCUUGCUUCUUUAAAUGCAAGAAACAAGUCUGCAGCCAAGGAAUGUUAUUUGCGUACAGAACUUUGCUUGGAAGCACUCAUGGAUGCAAUCCGGGAGGAUGUCUCUGUGCUCACCAUGCUUGCUGAGAUCCUAUGCCUAUUGGAUAUGAUUGUUAAUUCAUUUGCUCACAUGAUUUCAACCAAGCCUGUUGAUCGGUACAUUAGGCCUCAAUUUACGGAGAAUGGACCGCUGGCAAUAGAUGCUGGAAGACACCCUAUACUAGAAAGUGUGCACAAUGAUUUUGUUCCCAACACUAUCUUCCUUUCACAGGCUUCAAACAUGGUGAUUGUCAUGGGGCCCAACAUGAGUGGAAAAAGUACAUACCUUCAACAAAUAUGUCUAAUUGUCAUCCUUGCUCAAAUUGGCUGCUACAUUCCUGCCCGCUUUGCAACUCUAAGGGUGGUUGAUCGUGUUUUUACAAGGAUGGGCACAGUCGAUAAUCUUGAAUCAAAUUCUAGUACGUUCAUGACAGAGAUGAAAGAGACAGCUUUUAUCUUGCAGAAUUCCUCUGAAAGGAGUCUCGUUGUCAUGGAUGAGCUCGGCAGGGCUACAUCUUCCUCUGAUGGUUUUGCAAUUGCUUGGAGUUGCUGUGAACUACUAUUAGCACUCAAAACUUACACAAUAUUUGCCACACACAUGGAAAACCUAUCGGAACUGGCCAGCAUAUAUCCAAAUGCGAAGAUUCUUCACUUUGAUGUUGAAGUAAAAAACAACCGGUUGGAUUUCAAGUUUGAGCUGAAAGAUGGAUUGCACCAUGUACCACAUUAUGGGCUUCUAUUAGCAGGAGUAGCUGGGUUACCAAGUUCAGUUAUUGAGACUGCUAGAAAUAUCACUUCAAGGAUUACAGAAAAGGGAGUGAAGAGGAAGGAAGUGAACUAUGAGCAAUAUCAUGGAAUUCAGAUGGCAUAUCGAGUGGCUCAGCGUCUCAUAUGCUUGAAAUAUUCCACCCAAGAUGAAGAUUCCAUCCGACAAGCACUUCAACAUCUUAAGGACUGCUACGCCAAUGGUACAAUUUAGAUAAGUCAAUUGUCAUGCCACUACACAUUGAGCAUUAAAAGGAAUUGGGAUGGUAUC